AUGGCAAUCCUAGAGUCGGAUGCCAACAACUUCGAGCAGCGUCGCCAUUUCAAGCUCUACAAUGUCUUCAUCUGCAUGUUCAUGGGCCUCGCCGGCACUGCGUAUGGAACGACGGCCUCGGUGAUCGGGACGACGCUCGGGCAGCCGUCUUUUUUCAAGGCCAUGGGUCUCAAUGCCUCCAACGAAGCCAGCUUGACCGGCGCCAUGAACAGCCUCUACUAUGCUGGAGGCGUGUUCGGAGCAGUUUGUCACGGCUGGAUGGCCGACCGGUUCGGGCGCAAGAUUGACAUCUUCGCCGGGGCCACUAUGAUUGUGGUUUCCCAAGCUCUUAUUGCUGGAUCGGUCAAUCCGGCCAUGUUCAUCGUCUUUCGCUUCUUCUGUGGUUGGGGCGGCUUCCAGUGCGCGGCAGGCGUUCCUCUCUGGAUGGCAGAGGUCGUUCCUCCAGGCCAUCGUGGCAUGCUCAGCGAUCUAUGUUCGAUCAUGAUUACGCUCGGUUACGCUCUGACCGGAUAUGUCGGCCUCGGCUUUUACUUUCUAGACACGCCCAACACAUGGAGGGGGCCUCUUGCCUUGGCCAUGAUCCCGGGAGUCAUCCUGAUCUGUGGCAUCUACUGGCUACCAGAGUCUCCCAGAUACCUCCUGACCAAAGAGCGAUACGAGGAAGCAUGGGAUGUGGUCUCCCGACUGCACUCGGACCCGAAAGACCCUCACAACGAAUUUGCCCAACGCGAGUACUACCAAAUGUACAAGCAGAUCCAAUUCGAUGCUUCUUUGAACGAGGGAUACCGCAAUAUCUUGUCAAGACCGUCCUACCGCAAACGGGCGUUUAUCUCCAUCACCCUCAUGAUCUGUACCAUGAGCUCGGGGCUCCUCACCAUCAUUAAUUACGGUGUGCAACUAUACGCCAAGCUAGGCUACAACGCGGUUCAAACACUAUUGUUCCAAACCGGUUACCUAGCAUUUGCCUUCCUCUGGGCGACAGUAGCCAUGUCAUUCGUCGACAAGGUGCCACGGAACCGAUUGAUGGGCACAGGGUUCGCCGGGGCCUGCGUCGCCGUCGCGUUAGAGAUGAUCCUGACGGCCAAGUUCCUGCAUACUGACAACAAAGCCGGUCUGGCCACGGCAGUCUUCGCCUUCUUCCUCUACAUCUUCUGCUACAACAUGACGCUGGACGGGCCCAUGUUCUUCUACCACGCCGAGAUCUGGCCCACCCACAUGCGCGCGCGCGGCUUGACGCUCGCCAUGGCCGCAUACAGCGGCAUCAACAUCGUCUGGCUGCAGGCUGCUCCCACGGCGUUCAAGAACAUCGGCUGGAAAUAUUAUAUCUUCUUCGUCGUCUUCUCGGCCAUUGGAUCGGUCUUGUGCUUCUUUGUUUUUCCCGACACUCUGCACAAGCCUCUGGAGGAGAUUGCGGCAAUCUUUGGCGAUGAGGACCUCGUCCAAGUCUAUCAGAAGGAGCUGGACUCGGCCAAGAUCGAGCUCGAGGUCAUCCAAGAAGUUAUUCCAGUCAAGGGGCGGGCUGUUAUUGAUAGGAAGGAGGGGAAGGAGGGGAUGGGUGAGACACGAACACAAGAGUUAGAGGAUAUAGGUAGUCAUGUUUGA